AUGUCCUCCUCCUUCCGGUGUCGCCUCUUGAUCAUCACCUGCAUCGCGUUCUGCGUUGGUGCCGAGAUUUCACACGAUGAGUUCCCGGCGGCACGCGAGAAAAGAAGCGGAAAAGAUGCUGUGGUGGUGCUGAAGACGAUAUAUCUUCACAGUCCCGUAUCGCAGGCAUGGAUGGCCAACUCGGUUCGGCAAAGGGUGAAUAAGCUUGGAGGUGGCGGCGCCUUCGUUCGGGGCUUCAACAUGCGCGGCUUUUUCGCCGCCGAAAUCAUCGUCCGGAAUGGGGAUUAUCUUCUAUUUUUUCUAUUCCAAUUUUCCGACUACAUGGCGCCGUUGUUGGGCCGGAUGAUCGUGCAGCCAUCCAUCGAGAUCCGCCACCGAAAGGAAAUCACGCGCGUCUGGAUGUCGACCAUCGACGCGUUCAUGCUCGACCCCGGCGACAAGCAUUUGAAGAUGACAUUAAGUUUUGGCGCGCUGCACGGCUACCCGGACAACAAUGACAUGAUGUGCAUUAUGACGCGUGAUGCACGGCUCGACAUUCAACUCUUAAACGUCGUCGGCGUGCUGCCGCCGAAGCUCGAACCAAUUGUUGCUGGGCCCGCGACGCCGGCCCCGCAGGACAAACCCAAGAAAAAGAAGAAGAGCCGCCGUCGGCGUCGUCGUCGUGUUCAAGCGGCCCCAGCAUCGGAGCGUACCACCCGCAGCACGGCUAGCGUCACCGUGCCCGCGCCAAGUCUCGCUUAUCAAAGUCAAGUCGGAACGUCGUGCGGCCCAUCGGCGAUCACGUUGACGGCGACGACGCGUGAGUUGCCCACCGCAGAGGUGUACUCUGUUCAAAUGCUGGCGGCGAGCGCGCGUCUUGACCAGCUCGCCUUCGUCACCCCGGCCGAGCUGCAGCAGCCGAGACGGACGUCAAGCGCCGAGAUGGCCGUCCGCGAGCAGUCCAACUCGAACUUGGCGCAGCUGGGCGCCCGCGAUGACGACACUUGCCAAGACGUGAAGAGCAUCGACGAGUCGUCCCCAAGGACAAAGAAGCUGGUGCCGGCGGCAACGUCGACGCGGAAGAAGGAUGGGCCCGGAGGAGGAGGA